CAUCACCAGAAACACGGAAGAGGAAGUGUGUUAAGAAUAAUGUUGCGUUGAUGAAGAGUGGCCAAUUUCACUUUGAUAACAUCAUCUUUACCUUCAGUUAUUGUUAAAAACCACGUACAGGACUUCAGUGACGCACUUCAGACCAUCUAACACAAGGAUAAAGAAGAUAUUUUCACUUCAUGUUCGGAAAAAUGAAGAGCGCUGGAGUUUCAUUGCUGCAAUUCUUGCUUAUUGUGCCUCACAUCAACUGCUGGACUAAUGAUGCCGUGUUGCUGAAUGAUGUUCAGGUGCUUACCCUCUACAAAGGUCGCUACACCACCGCACGACGCUCCAGUCCGGUUCCUCAGCUGCAGUGUGUCGGGGGGUCAGCUGGAUGUGUCUCAUUCGUACCAGAGGUGGUCCAGUGUUAUAACAGAGGAUCAGAUGGCAUAGACACACAGUGGGAAUGUAAGACUGACAUGGAUAAUGCGUACAGGUUUGGCCGUGUGGAAGUCUCCUGUGAAGGUUACAGCAGUCCUAAUGAUGCGUAUGUCCUGAAGGGCUCAUGCAGUCUGGAAUACACACUGGAGCUCACAGCAAAGGGGAAGCAGCAGAACACUCAUGGCUCCUGGGGCUCUUCUGGCUUUUCAGACUUUGCCUCUAGCUUCUUCCAAGGCUCUAAUCAGAAACAGCAGCAGAGAGGUGGCCAGUAUCAGCAGUCUAACGGCCCAUCAGAUGAUGGAGUGAGUGGGCUUAUUGUGGUAGCUUUCAUUUUGCUGUUAGCAUAUGGUGUGUACAAGAUGUUUCUGUGCAGCCCUACCCAGGGCCACCAAGGUUACAAUGGCGAUGGCACCCAAGGUUCCAGUGGGUCCUGGGAUAACAGCCAUGGCAUGGGACCACCACCCCCUGGAUUUAAGCCAGAUUACACAGACCAUUCUAGCUCAAGGCCUGGGUAUGGCUUUUCUGACUCAUACACCAGACCUCAAAAUUCUUGGACCGGUUCCACUGGUGGAAAUAGAUCUGGAGGUGGUGGAUUCUGGACUGGAAUGGGCACAGGUGGAAUUCUGGGAUACCUGUUUGGGAGUCAGAGACGGCAACCACCCAUAGGCUCCACGGGACCAUCCUUCUUCAGCAGACCCUCUCCUCCACCACCACCACCAACAAGCUCAGGAACACGCACUGCCUCAGGUUUUGGAGGAACUAAAAAAAGAUGAUUCAAGACCAGCUCCUAGAUGGACAUCCACACUCAACAUCAGUUCACAGAUGGUCAUGACUGCUUUGCACAGAAUUAAACCUUUUUAGGCCUGUUAUGAUUCUUACAUUACUGUGAUGUUGCUAGACUAGAACAAGCAUGUUAUUGAUAUGGAUUACCGAUAGUUUGUUGCUGUUCUCUCAAACUCAUUAAAAACACCCUGCCUUCUUUUGUACUGAGGUUAACUCUGAAUUAAUUCAAUAAAAAUUAGCUGUGUCUGCAAGACACACAUGAGAAA